GUCGAAGUCAAAUCUUUGCUUGAAGGUCGCCGGCUGAUUAUCGAGCGAAAUGCCCUCACUGGAAUCUUCAAACGUCACGAAGAUGAUGUGGUUCCGCAUCUCAGGUUGAAUUCGCUCUCUAAAGACCACGAUAUGUAUUAAAAUUGUAGUUACUUUUCACCCCAUAUUCCAAAAGCUCUUUCCCUGGAUACAGUACCCAAACACGAGUGGUUUCAAGGUUCCAGGAAUUGGAUGCACGAAGAUCACGUGAAAUAUUUCCGAAUCCGGCACCUCCGCUCCGCAACCAGUGUGAAGCUUCGAGGAGCAGUGCCUCUGUUAUUAUCGCACUACAUAAUGCGCAGGAAUCUCAUGAUCAUGGCGGGUACAUGUGUUGCGUCGACUAUUGGACACUCGUUGUUCAGCGUGUUUGUUCUUCCCGCAUUGGUAAGGACGCAGAUAUUCAAUGCUGGUAGACUUCCAUCGAAGCUCGCCAGUUUGACGCGCACAAACCGGCACUUCUCGCAGACCCGAAUCGCAUGCGUACCGCGCAGUCCUUCCGAUCCUAAAUACAAACCUCCUGAGCUUCGAAAGCCUCGCAAUGAAGAUAUUCGCCAUCGAUGGGUCCAGAUUGUCAACUCUGAAGGCAGGCUUGACGACCCGGUGAGGCUGCAACUAGCAUUGCGCAAUGUCGACACCAAAACCCACUACAUUGAGCAGCUCACACCAGACGAGCCCGAUAAUCCCGACUAUCUACCAGUGUGUCGAGUUGUGGACAAGAAGCAAGAGUAUGAGGUGCAAAAAGGACGCAAACUUGCUGCCAAAGCCGCCAAAUCCCGCAGCCUGAAGACCAGCGUAGCUGGUGCGAAGACAAUCGAGUUGAACUGGGCGAUUGAUGCACACGAUCUCAGCCACCGCAUGGACAAACUGAAGGCAUUCCUACUAGAAGGACGGAGAGUCGAAGUCGCCAUCGCGAAAAAGAAGAGAGGACGUCUGGCCACUGCCGAAGAAUGUCAAAACGUGCUUCGGUCCUUGAAGGAGUGUGUCGACUCUGUGCCCGGCGCUAGAGAGAUUGUCUCGGAGGAUGCUGAUCCGGCGUUGUCUCAGAAACUCGGUGCUCAGCGACUCAUGAUUUUUGUUGGCAAGCAAUCUUUGCCGCAGAAAUCUGAGCCACAUUCGAAUCAGGCCGCACCAUCAGACUUGGAAGAGGCGAAGUAUCAGCUAGAGAGCGACGCCGAAGGCUCGGGCGAUGGAGUCUCAAGAUCUGCAUAGGUUAUACCAUCGGCUCUUUGAUGUACAGCACCGAUCGUCAUUCAAUAUAACAUAAAAUGCUGCGCGAAAUAUGACGUACUGCCGCAGAAUCGAUAGCUGCCGCGAUAUCGUACGCAUUGAAUUGAGG